AUGGCCAAAAAGAUGAUAAUACCAAUUGUUUAUGUGGUCAUUAUGAUGGUGCUUGGAAUAAUAGGCAAUGCACUGGUAUUAUACAUCUAUGGCUUCAAAUGGAGGAGGACUCCCGAAAAAUGUUUUAUAACUACACUUGCUCUAUUUGACUUGGUCAACUGUGUCAUUACCAUGCCAACAGAAAUCGCUACCUUGGUUAGUUUCUACCGUUUCACCUCCCACAGCUUCUGCAAGUUCUCUCGAUUUUUCACAUUUUGGAUGAACAAUAGCAGUGUGGUGCUUCUUUUCGCCAUAGCAGUGGAUAGAUUCAUCAAGAUUUGUCUACCAAACAAAAUGUCCUUCAACUACCACAAGGCCAAGAUUACGUGCGUGUGUUCGACUGUAAUUGGAUUGGUGGAAUCAUGGCCGAGUCUUAUUAGAAUCUGGCUGCAGAAAUCUAAGGGUGAUAAGCGAAAGGACUCUCUGAAAGCGUCCCUGCGGAGUUCAAAAUCAGGUUCUCAGAGUCAUGAAAAAGAAGUAUCCUUGCUAUCUAUUAAGCCUAAAGUAGAAAUGGAAAACACUCAAUCCGUUGAGUUGAGUGACGACGCAUUUGAUUCUGGAUCAUCUGAAGAACCCAAACGAGACGGAGUUGUUAUCAAACCCCCGGUGAAUCCAGAGCCCAAAACAUCGGCAAGGUCGAGGCUCAAGUCAAUGACCAGCGUCCAUAUUAGUAAGUCCGGACUCCAAGCCGGAAAGGCCACUGCAAUGCUUUUCGCAAUAACCAUGGUUUAUAUUAUCAGCUUUCUACCAUACUUGGUCAUAACCAUUAUGCGAACCGCUUAUGGGGAUACCUGGUAUCCGAGUCUAUCUUUAUCUUCGCAGGUCGCGGUUAACCUGUUUCUAACAUCGUAUCUGAUAAGUAAUACCGGAAAUGCUAUAGUUUACGGAUUCUGCAAUCUUACUUUUCAACGCGAGUGUGCAAAAAUAUUCACAAGACUAUUCUGUUGCAAGAAGAAUUAAUCAGACAUUGAAAUCUUAAAAUUUAAUAAAAUGGCCUUAAGUGGAACUUCGUGUAAUUACUUUUAAAUUGAAAAUCAAUAUGACCACGGAAUCUUUGCUGUUUAAAGCCCAAUUAAAUCAAGCGGUGAA